GAGAUCCAUGGUGGAUACGGUUUGUAAGUGAUGCAAUGGAGAUCGAUCUAGGUCCAUGGAAGCCACCUUCGAGGUCCAUGGAAGCCACCUUCGAGGUCAAUGGAAGCCACCUUCUAGGACCUUGUGAAGCGCUGGCAGCAGUGUGGUCUGGUUAUCAACACCACCUGGACUUUGUCCAUAGUGAGAAGUUGUUCGGCUGCUUCUCCCAUUAAGGCAACUAGACGCAGGCCGGCGCCGGUUCCCUCAAGAUGUCGACUCCCAUCUUCGCUGGUAAAGUGGCACUUGUCACAGGUGGCGGAAGCGGCAUCGGGCGAGCCAUCUGUCAGGUGUUGGCCAGGGACGGUGCCAACGUGGCUGUGGCUGACAUCAAUCUCCAGGGGGCCCAGGAGACCGUCAGCAUGUUACCUAGUCCCGGAGACCACCUGGCCGUGACCAUGGACGUGGCGAGCAAGGCCUCCGUGGACUCUGGUCUUAAAGCUGUCACGGACAAGUACCAGACUCCCCCCAGUCUCCUGGUCAACAACGCUGGCAUCGUCAAGCCAAGCCCAUUUUUGGACAUGGAAGAAAAGGCCUUCGUGGAUGUGUUGGAUGUUAAUCUCAAGGGGACCUUCCUGGUGAGUCAAGCAGUGGUGAAGUUGCUGCUGGAGCAGCCGGGAGCGGCUGGGGGCGCCGUGGUGAAUAUCUCCAGCGUCACCGGCCAGACUGGCUUCAAGAACUACUCCCAGUACGCAGCAAGCAAGGCUGGGGUGAUGGCCUUCACCAAGUCUGUGGCAGGAGAGUUGGCCAAGACGGGUGUUCGAGUGAACUGCGUCCUCCCCGGCGUCACACAGACGCCCUUACUGACGGACAUUACUACAGAUUACCUUAACGAAGUUGUGGCCAAGGUGGCGCUUGGGAGAAUGGGCCAGCCUGAAGAGGUGGCCGAGGUGGUGGCGUUCCUGCUGUCGGACAAGAGCAGCUACAUGACAGGAUCUUGUGUGGAGGUCUAUGGUGGAUACGGUUUGUAAGUGAUGCAAAGGAGAUCGAUCUAGGUCCAUGGAAGCCACCUUCGAGGACCUUGCGGUAACCAUUUUAGAGGACCUUGUCGUAGUCAUUUUAGAGGUCCUUGGGAAAAUCACCUUUCAGAAUCUUGGAAAAGCCAUCUUCGAGGUCGUUGAGGUAGCCACUUUCAUAAGGUCAUUCAGGCAGCCAUUGCCAUGCUCAACAAAGACAAAUAAAACAUUUAUUACAAAA